AUGUCCGGCCACAACCUGCAUAAUGCACUCCUGCGACCUCCCAUUAUCCAGAUUCUCCGGGCUCAGGGGUUCCACUCAACACGUCCGUCCGUUUUAGAGUCACUGGCCGAUUUGACCGGUCGAUAUCUCAUGAUCCUGGCCUCGGCAACUGCCGCGCAUGCCGCCAACGCCCAUCCCGAAGACCCAUCCCCUGUUCUUGAGGACGUCUACCAAGCCCUCCAGGAUGCAGGCGCGCUACGACCACAAUUAAGAGAGUGGGAGGAAGACUGGGCGGGCGAGGAAGAUAUGCGCGGCCUCGAGUCACUGCUUGGGUGGAUAACUGGCCCAGCCCACCAUGAGAUCCGGCGCAUUGCAGGCUUUGUCCCCAGCGAAGGAGACAUGGUGGACCCGGACGCCAUGGAGAAAGUGGAUUUCUUGACUUCUUUGAAGACAAAGCACAGCAAGACGGGUGAAGAGUCGCGAUACGCGGGGACAGUCUUGGGCAAGAGCGCGGAAGAGCACCCCGUCGUCAUCGAAGGCGGCGCGCCGAGCAUUCGAGAAUGGGGCGCACAGGUACGAUCCCGGGCACCGCUGAGUCCGGGUGGCAGCGAAACCUCUGGUGUCAGCAGUGCGCCGAGUCAUCUGUCAGAGGACGGCCCCAUGGAGGUGUGA